AUGUCUGAAAACGAACAACACCCUGUCGCUGCUACGGAAUCCCCAGCACCGACACCAACACCGUCUCCGGAGCAGCAGCAUCCGUCAGGGAGCACUUUCAAGCCCCUCUUCACCCUCGUCACCAACUCAUCCACCCACACCACCAUCCACCCACGCGUGCACUACAUCUUCUCCGACGACGACGGGUCGUCUAUGCUCGCAGCUGCGGCAUCCGACAUCAACAACCGGUCCGUGAUUGUCGACCUGGUCCCCAACACAUCUACGUCUUCCACCACAGCCACCACCACCACAGCCACAGCCACAGCCACAGCCACAGCCACAUCCUCACCAGAAGCACCUGAUGCAGAGACGACGACGACGACGACGACGACAGGGUGGAGCGAUGACGACGACGACGACGACGGUGGCGGCGACGGCGACGGCGACGACGAGAGCGAUGAUGUACAGGGCAUGCUGCGCAUAGAAGGCGUACAGAGGGAGCCGGUCGCCGCUCCCCCUCCCCCUCCCGCUGCCCGCAACACAGAUGGUGACAAUGAUGACGCUUCGGGGAGACACGAGCAUGUCGCUGUCCUCAUGGACGACUUCAACAGGAGAAUGGGCGUGUUGAAGAGGGUCGUCUCCCAGGCUCACAGGGGUCCGCACCAUGUCAAGACUGAGGAGGAAGGAGCGGAAUGA